AUGCCCAAUGUCAAUUUGAGCAAGAAACUUGUCAGAAAGGAUAUUCUGAGUUCAUCUGGACGUCGUCGCGUGUUGAGGAUUUGGGAAAGUCUCAAUGCGUUGGUCCUAAAGUGCUCUCCUUGCCUUUCACGUCUACUUCACGAAACGAACAACCGGAGAGACAGAUUCGGUACUCGAGUCAUCGCUCCAGAGAGACAGCGCAUGCUUCGUCACCCGAAGGGAUUGAAGAAGAAGAACAGCUGUCACUGCAGAAUGGAACCAACAUAUAAAUUAAUUUCUUGUGAAAGUUGA